AUCAAUAUAUAAUCAUCCAUAUCAACACGUGAAUCGGCAAGGAAUGCAUCACAAUAUAUUGCUGUGUUGCUAUUUUGAACCGCGCUAUUUAAACCUUGUUCCAUGUGCCCCUUUUAUACUUUGAGCACCUGCUCCUCCAAAGGUCUCUGCACGGCCCUGGCUCUCAGUGAAACUCUCAGCGUCGAGUCUGAAGUCAUGAAGAGCGAUUAUUAUUCCUGAUCAUCAGAUUCAGAUCGCAGUAGGGCUGGGACAACGCGAUGACGUCGACGCAAAAUAUGCACGUCGAUUCGUCAGACCCAAAACAAAAAUGGCGGCGUCGGAGAGUAGAAGCAACUCGACUCGCUCCUCAGACUUUCAGACGUGCAUGAUGACACGCACUCGUUCCUCUAAAGUAUGGGAAUUCUUUAAUUUAAAAGGAAAAAAUUCAGUGAUAUGUAGUAUUUGCAAAAUGGAGAUGGCCUUCCAUUCCAGCACCACGGCAAUGCACCAGCACCUGAAGAAGAUCCACCCGGGAGCGGCUGGAGAUGACGGAGCACCGUUUCCUCUGACGCGGCCGGACAUCUGUGGGAAAUGGCUGGCUGCUAUUAAGAGAAGAAACUUCAAACCCACCAAGUACAGCAACAUCUGCUCUCAGCACUUCACCAGAGACUGCUUCAAGCGCGAGUGCAACAACCGUGUGCUGAAGGACAACGCUGUGCCCUCGCUCUUCACCUCCAGCAGACUACAGACGGAGGCAGCAUCUCUUGAGGAAACCUUCAGCCCAGACCUGGAAUUUCCUCUGAGUCUCCCAAUGUCUGAUGCUGAAGAGACUCCGGCGGAGCAUCCGUCUGAAGCCCAGCCCGGCCCAGACCACUCCAGCACCUUCAUCUCCUGCGACCACAACUACACGGUGGAGGACACGGUGCAGCAGAAGAUCAUCGCAGGAAACAUGGUUCAGUCCUGCUCGGCGUACGGAUGCAAAAACAGAUACCACAAAGACAAAAACAUCUCCUUUCACAAGUUUCCUCUGACGCGGCCGGACAUCUGUGGGAAAUGGCUGGCUGCUAUUAAGAGAAGAAACUUCAAACCCACCAAGUACAGCAACAUCUGCUCUCAGCACUUCACCAGAGACUGCUUCAAGCGUGAGUGCAACAACCGUGUGCUGAAGGACAACGCUGUGCCCUCGCUCUUCACCUCCAGCAGACUACAGACGGAGGCAGCAUCUCUUGAGGAAACCUUCAGCCCAGACCUGGAAUUUCCUCUGAGUCUCCCAAUGUCUGAUGCUGAAGAGACUCCGGCGGAGCAUCCGUCUGAAGCCCAGCCCGGCCCAGACCACUCCAGCACCUUCAUCUCCUGCGACCACAACUACACGGUGGAGGACACGGUGCAGCAGAAGAUCAUCGCAGGAAACAUGGUUCAGUCCUGCUCGGCGUACGGAUGCAAAAACAGAUACCACAAAGACAAAAACAUCUCCUUUCACAAGUUUCCUCUGACGCGGCCGGACAUCUGUGGGAAAUGGCUGGCUGCUAUUAAGAGAAGAAACUUCAAACCCACCAAGUACAGCAACAUCUGCUCUCAGCACUUCACCAGAGACUGCUUCAAGCGUGAGUGCAACAACCGUGUGCUGAAGGACAACGCUGUGCCCUCGCUCUUCACCUCCAGCAGACUACAGACGGAGGCAGCAUCUCUUGAGGAAACCUUCAGCCCAGACCUGGAAUUUCCUCUGAGUCUCCCAAUGUCUGAUGCUGAAGAGACUCCGGCGGAGCAUCCGUCUGAAGCCCAGCCCGGCCCAGACCACUCCAGCACCUUCAUCUCCUGCGACCACAACUACACGGUGGAGGACACGGUGCAGCAGAAGAGACGCAUCGGGACGCUGCAGGAACAGCUGGAGAAGCUGCGCAAGAGACUGAAGACGGUGCAGCAGAAGUGCAGGAGGCAGGAGAGACAGCUGGAGCGCUUCAGAGCCAUGAGACAGGUCCAGAAGCCCAGCAAGGACACGCCACUGAGAGAAGGUUACGUCAUCCUGCCCAAAGAGAUCUACGACGUCCUGAUAGGAAUAGAGACCAUCGGAGCGCUGUGAGGGAUGUCGAGCGAGAGAGAGUCACUGUUCUAAAGGGGUUUGACUUCUUCUGUCUGUCAUGACCUGUGUUCUGUAUGUGUGAACGUGUUCUCUGUGACUGAAGGAGGUUCUGAUCACAGAUCUUUGUGGAACCGAAUGUUCUUUCAGGAGAAGAUCGUCCUCUUCAGAACAGAAGUAACUCCACAUGCAGCAACUGCGUGAGAGGAUUCAGGUGUAGAAUACAGAGAAACUGAACUCUUUAGCUCUUGUGAAGAUGGUUUGAUGCCAUGAGACUCGACCGACGCCGUGACAAACGCUUCAGUGGAUCAGGUUUUCAUCAUCUACAGAUCUGUUGACAUGUUUGUUCUGUUAUUAAUACUUUUUCUCAUUUAAACCUCUAGAGUUUAUACUGACUAGUUUGUUUUGAUUUGAUUAAUGUAAGAUGACCAAACUGGACUUCACUAAACACAUCUUCAGCAGCCAUAGAGUCUCAUAUCAAAGGGCUUUCAGCUGUUUGUUGUUGCUUUCUCACCUUUGCUUGUUCAUUUAUUAUUUACAAAAAACUUUAAUAAUUGAGGAAUCAAUUUAAGCCAUAUAAGGGUAAAAGUAUAUUUUUGCUGGGAAAACUCCUUGUUGCCUUACAGUCACAGCGCAAUUGUUCAUGUGUUUGACUUUCAAUACAAGGCUCUCGUUCUUGAGCUGAGUUUGUGCUCGAGUGUUUUUGAAUGAGUUUAGUGUUUAUUACAGACACACACUUAAUGGAAGGUUUAUUGUAAAUAUGACUAGUAUCUAGUCAAGAUACUGUAAAACCUGAUGAUUGCUAUUUUAAAUGAGUCUAACCCUUAAGAUUACUGUUAUAAACAUGAGCCGUGUCCAAAGGGUAAAGGUGUUGCUACAGUUACAGUAAUAUUUUCAGUAUUUCCCAAAAGUCUGGUUUCAAGUAUAAUUAGUUUGAGGUAAUGGUGCUUCAAAUAACAUUUAAGUUUGUGUAUAGUGCUUUUCACAAUACUAAUUGUUGCAAAGCAGCUCUACAGAAAAUUUAGUUUCUACAAUAUUUAGUAGAAGCUCCUCAGUGGUGACUCAGUUUAUGUGCUUAUGACAGGAAUGUAUUUUUAAAAAAUCAAUUAAAGAUGUAAUCAAACCGA